GGCAGCAACAGGGUUGCAGGUGUAAAUGAACGGGAAGACAGGGUGCGUGGCUAAAUUGCUCAGCGUGCACAAGAAUAAAAGAGCCCAGAGUUCCAGAUCGCUCCUAAUUCCGAACACCACAGGGUGAGUCUGGAGUGAGUCACCUGCAAGGGCUUACAGGUGCCAUAAUGCAGGCCUGGGGCACUGUGGUAGUGACCUUGGCCAUACUGAUGGUUGUCACUGUGGAUGCCAAGAUUUAUGAACGCUGCGAGCUGGCUACAAGACUGGAGAGGGCAGGGCUGAACGGCUACAAAGGCUACAGUGUUGGAGACUGGCUGUGCAUGGCUCACUAUGAGAGUGGCUUUGACACCGCCUUUGUGGACCACAAUCCUGAUGGCAGCAGUGAAUAUGGCAUUUUCCAACUGAAUUCUGCCUGGUGGUGUGACAAUGGCAUUACACCCACCAAGAACCUCUGCCACAUGGAUUGUCAUGACCUGCUCAAUCGCCAUAUCCUGGAUGACAUCAUGUGUGCCAAGCAGAUCGUGUCCUCACAGAAUGGGCUGUCUGCCUGGACUUCGUGGAGGCGGCACUGUUCUGGCCAUGAUUUAUCUGAAUGGCUCAAGGGGUGUGCUAUGCAAGUGAAAAUUGACCCAAAAAAUUAUCCAUAACUCAGAUUCGAAGAGACAGGUUUUAUUUCCCUUUCAUUCCUUUCUCUUGUGCAUUUAAUAAAGGGUAGUAUCUAUAAAUAAUGCAAAAGAU